AUGAAGAGCAAUUUCGAUGCCACCUUGCCCCUUGCAAUGUGUUUCCGUUUAACUCGACACCAGAAUGCGGCUCAAGUAGCUGCCGGUUCGCGAAAGGACAAACACGAUGUAGAUGACAAGUUAUCCUUGUAUUUAGCCGACACUUGCGCUGUUCAUCCGCUGUCUGCCUGGCUUUGGUUUCUCCUAUCGACUGUGCCACUUGUACUGUAUCAGCUGUCUCGUGGCCUUAUGGCCGCUCAAUUUUCCACCGAGCUGACUCAAAUUUUGAUCAAACAAGAUUCGGAAAACGUUGAUGACGAAAACCGCAUUGCCCCUGGCACUUUGAUCCAGUGUACGAUAAUCAUGCCAGAUCGUUUGGACUCUCCUCACUGUAUGCUAAGUCAUCAGAGUCACUUUACUCCGAUUGAUUUGAAAGUGGAUAGACAUACAUCAGCCGAAUGGUGCCGCUCGGAUGAAUUAGCCAUGUGCGACCUGACCGCUUCAUCUCGUCUUGCUCCUAAUCCCUAUCAUUUACUUGAGGCAACCACUUUAUUAGGUGCUCAUGAUGCUGUUAAUUUGGAACGACUCGAGUUGUUGGGUGAUUCUUUGCUUCAACUUAUCGGCACACUGGACGUGUAUUCUUCAGCCUCCGUAGAUGCAAAUGAGGGCUGGCUGACCGAUCAACGCAUCUCAUUGGUUUCCAAUGCGAAUUUGUCACGACUCGCCGUAAAAUUUGGUUGGGCAAAAUACUGCACCGGCCACGUAUAUUCACCGCCCAGUCAUUUUGUUUUCCCGUGCUACACGGUUUGUACCACAGCCAGUCUACCGGAUGGGGAUGCACGACUGACUGUUGGAUUGACGGACAAAUCCCUGGCGGACAUGAUGGAAGCAUUAAUCGGUUGCUUCCUAAUUCAUCUUGGCUUGCCAAGUGCGGUUCGACUACUCAGUCAUUUCGGGAUUUCACCGUUCGGGACGAAUGAGUCACAGACAAAGGGAAUGUGGAGAAGAUUAUUGUGCACGGAUGGUUUCACCACAGUGAAUUCGCCUGUCAAACUCGGGACCUCGGAUACCAACGAAGCCAAGCGAUUAUCCAGACCGAUAUCUAUGCCUUUCCUGGGUGAUAAUUCGAUACCCAACAGCCCUAUUCUGACCGAACGAGAUAACUUUAUUAAACCGGAGCAGCUCACGGGAUUACAAAAUAUCAUAGGCUAUUACUUCACGGAUGUUACUCUUCUGAUUCAGGCGCUGGUUCAUAUAUCUUCACCUCACGUUAAACGCUAUGGUUCGUAUGAGCGCUUCGAAUUUCUCGGCGAUGCUGUUCUGGGCUACUUGAUCACAGUAUAUUUGUACCAUGAACACGUGGAAUUCGAUCCAGGCCAGUUGACAGAGUCCCGAUCCAAUAUUGUGAGCAAUAAAAGUCUGGCGAGUGCAGUUGUCGAGCACAAGAUUCAUCCGUACAUCAUUCAUUCUAACCCUUGCGUUGAAAGUGCCGUUUCUUGCAUCACUUGCAUUCACGACAGAACGUCUUCGUACUCGGAACAGCUUGAACUGCUCAAUCAAGAAGUGCUCAAAGGACUGCGUCUUAAAGUGUUGGCUGACGUUUUCGAGUCGAUUAUCGGUGCGAUUUUCGUGGAUUCACAAGGGGAUUUGGACUUGGUGAAUCGAGUAAUCCAUCGCCUUUUAAUUGAACGCAUUCGUAAGUUCGCACACCUCGCAUCGUUCCAUCUGUUUGUAUCGCAUUGA